AUGGCAUACCUACAGAGGAAGCAUUGCAUCGCAAAGCGCACUGUUGAUGUCUUCGCCGUCGACGCUACCGUCUUUGAGGUAUUAUUACAAAUUGUUUUAAGAGUGUGUGCUUUCACGGGGACCUAUGGAGUAAAUUAUGGCAGGAUUGCUGACAAUCUCCCCUCACCUGAGAGCGUAGUAACCCUUCUAAAGGCAGCGAAGAUAAAAAACAUCAGAAUCUAUGAUGCUGCUCAUGAAGUUCUCGAGGCAUUUAAAGGGUCUGGUAUUGAGAUAGUAGUUGGACUCGGGAAUGAGAAUUUGAGGGACUUUAGUGUUAGUCAGGAUCGUGCCAUUAAUUGGGUGAAAGAAAAUGUGCAGCCAUUCCUCCCUGGUACUCACAUCCGCGGAAUCGCUGUAGGAAACGAGGUUUUGGGGAGCGAUGAUCAGGAACUUGGGGAGGUCUUGCUACCAGCAGUAAAGAAUGUUUACAAUGCCCUUGAUCUGCUGCAUCUGACUAAUGUAGUACAGGUUUUGAGCCCACAUUCAGCCGCUGUAUUUGCUUCUUCCUUCCCUCCAUCGGCAGGAGCUUUUAAGGAGAGUGUUCUUCCAUACAUGAAACCACUUCUCCAGUUCUUCUCUCAAAUUGAUUCCCCUUUCUAUAUAAAUUCUUACCCAUUUCUGGCUUAUAAGAGUGACCCUGGGCACAUUGAUCUUAACUACGCUCUUUUCCUUUCAAAUCCUGGAAUUUAUGAUGCAAAGACUAAACUGCACUACGAUAACAUGUUUGAGGCGCAAAUUGAUGCAGCUUAUGCAGCUUUGGAGAAGGCUGGGUUUGACAAGACAGAAGUCAUAGUUUCGGAAACUGGAUGGGCUUCUCGUGGAGAUGAAAACGAAGCAGGAGCCACUGUUAAAAAUGCAAGGAAUUACAAUUAUAAUUUGUAUAAGCGGCUUGCAAAAAAGAAGGGGACACCCUACAGGCCAAAGACUGUGGUGAAGGCAUAUGUUUUUGCCUUGUUCAAUGAGAACCUAAAGCCUGGGCCAACCUCUGAGAGGAACUUUGGAUUAUUUAAAGCUGAUGGCAGCAUUGCCUAUAAUAUGGGGUUUACUGGUCUUGUACCUAGCUCAGCAGCCUCAUCUCUUUUCUCCGUAAAGCAUACUGGACUUCAAGGUUGGUUUGGGUCCUCCUAUUCAUUGACCUACAUGAGUUGUGCUGCGGCUGUGCUUCUGAUUUUGAGUUCAUGACUAGUCGAAAGGCUUCAUGGUCUCAUUCCCUUGUUAUAUUCAAUGCACAUACGAAUCCUGGAAGCACCUAAUGUUCUUCAACUUGUACAGAUACUUUAACCCCAUGUAACAUUGUUUCAUUAUCUACUCUUCCAUCAAGAGUCCUCAUGAAUACUUGAUGACUGAGUAUUGCUGUGAGUUUUUAAUUUGUUUCAGCAAUGUACAGCAGUCUUCUUUCAAGAAAUAAAACAUGGUGUGAUGAUAUUGUUUUUCCAUUAUUUCAUUUGUUAAAAAGGC